AUAUAAUGUCAAGUUGCAUAAGUGACCAAGAAGAGUUCAUUGUUUAUUCCAAUGAUGGGGAAUAUCCAAUUUCCUACCUUGCUAAAGAAUACGAAGAUGAAUCCUCCAGAGAUGCCUCGACUUGCCCAAAGGAAUUAUCAAAUUCAGAACUCGAGGAUGUCGUUAAGCGAAUAAACUUCCAAGAAGAAAUUUCUGAUGAAGUUAGCACUGAAAAAUACCUGGGAAAAUAUGUUUUGGAUAAUAAUGGAGUUACAGAAAAUUUGGGAAGCAAUUUUGUUCUAAAUUUCCCAAAGAGCAAGAAAUCUGAACAAAAAUGGCAAAACUCACAGACUUCUAUAUAAAUGAUUUCUCAAAUUACCUUGAGGCAGUGUGUCCCUUCAGUUCAGAAAAUCCCCAAGACUCUAGGAUAAGCGUACCUGAAGAAGAAAGAAACCUUUAUGAGACCCUUCAAAAUAUCGUAUCAGAACUCGAUGAGGUAGACUUGUUGCAGAUCAAGCUACCUCAAGCUGAAGAAGAGGUAAAACAAGAUGGCUUAGAGGAGCUGAAGACUCAAAGAUCCUCCACACAGUCUAAGCAUCUCUUUAGGAAGGACAAUAUCAGAAAGGCCACCAUUAGAGCGCUAAAUUAAAGUAGUCAAGACUCACCUUGACAGAUGCUUGGAAAGAUAUUAUCUCAGAACUGGGAAGGAUCUGAAGAGUUGCUUCCUCCAAUAUAAAAAAGAGGUCUUUGACUGCUUUAAAACUUGCAUGGAGGAGGUCCUAGGAUACAGUCUACCAGACAUUGACACCAAAGAAGUUUAUGCUAUAUUCUUCGAUCUUUGCUUAAGAAAGAAGAACGCAAUGAAUGCGAUGGUUAACUUCUCUAGUAAAUGCGAGAGAAAGCACAUUUCUGAAGCUCUUAAGAGAUAUAAAAAGCAGGGCAAAGCUUACAAGAAGGAAGACGGAGAGUAUUGAUUUAGCCAUGUUGUAAUGGAGAUCGCAAGGAAACUGUAUGUCUCGAGCGAUGAAUAUAAAGAAGUGUUCAAAAAUCAAGUCCUUGAUACCAGAAAGAAAAUUGGAAUUAAAGACAGAGAGGCUUAUUUAAAAGAGUUGAUUGAAGAAAUGAACUUCAUCAACUACGACGAUAAUAAUUUAUUCAUAAACGUCAUUUACUAA